UAUGUAUCCCACUGAGUCCUAAAUUACCACCCAAGAUUCUUUCAAGAUGGCGGCUUCCGAAGGAGUUGGAAAAAAUAUCAAAAUUUCGACAGAGGAACAACAAGCCAAAGACAAUGAAAUUAGUCCAAAAACACAUACAAAACGCCCAAUCUGUGAGCGGUGCAAACGCCCUACGAAAGUAUGCCUUUGCAGAGCUAUUCCUGACAAGCCUUUGAAUAUUUCCACAACAGUGUACAUCUUACAACACCCAGAGGAACGACACCGUACCUUAACAACAGUGCCACUGUUAUCUGCUUGCCUGCCCAAUGACAAGUGCAUUGUGUACAAUGAUGUACGCUAUUCUCAUGAAAAAUAUCCAGCCCUUCACCAACUUUUAAAACGGCCAGAAACAUUGGUACUUUAUCCAGAUGCAAGUGCAACAGAUUUAAGGAAAUUAGUCAAGGAAGCAAGUGCAUCUCAAAAAUACAACCUGGUUGUCCCAGAUGGCACAUGGCGUCAAGCUAAAAAGAUAUUCAAACAAAACAGUGCCUUGCAACAAGCAAGGAAGGUGCAGUUGAAUGAAAAUAUAAAAAGUCGUUAUGUCAUUCGGACGCAACCAACCAGGAACAGUUUAUCAACUUUGGAAGCAAUUGCUGUUGCCUUGUCUAUUUUAGAAGGAAAAGAUGAAAUUACAGAAGUCCUCAGGAAACCAUUGCAGUUGCUCUGUGAUAUUCAACUUGAGCAUGGUGCUGUGCCUCACUCGAGCAAGGAAGAAAAGAGAGAGCAGGAAGUAUUGAAACAAAAACAAAGCGAGGACAUUAAAAAAUUAGAAAUUAUUGAAGGUUCUGAAGAUAAAGAAACGAAUUUAAAACAUAACAGAACUUCGCAUGAACACGAGACAGAACUCUCGUCUAAACGAUCUAAACUUACAAAGUGAUUAACUCGCGUAGAUCUAGAUAAGAUCAACAAUGGAGAAUCACAAAUGAAACUUGUAAU